CCAGCAGUUAUCGAAGUUGGUUUCCCUGUGAAAGCUGUGCUCAGUUAUCAGAUUCUGUUAUUCAGUACACAGAUCCCUCCUUUCCAGCAAGCAUCCUUUCAGGAGGUGCUUUCAAAGCUUUCGGGCUCUCCCAGUGAUAGCUCUGCUUUUCUUUCACAGCAAUUACAGUCUCUUCAUUUAAUUUCAAUGGAAACUUUCUUGUUUUAGACCUUGCCCAUGUAGCUGAAUGCUCAUCUCUGGAUCUUAUUUCCAGUCCUCAGGAGGACCGGUUUUGAUGACCUAGUCUGAUUACAGCAUCUUUGACAGCUUUAAAGGAAUUUGCCCUGGGGAAGAGGACAGCUGCUGCCCCAAUGAGGGAUUUUUCUGAGCAGGCCUCCCGAGCCAGACAUGUCAGUGUGAGAUGCUACCUACGUUUUUCAUCGUGACCAACAGGUUGUUAAACUACAGUCAAAAGCACUUAGGAAGAAUGGAACUGUCCCUGUCAUGAGAAUUGAACUCCUGACAUCUUUAUCCACUGAAACUUGAGUGCCCAGCCAUCCUAGAUAUCUUGAAAUAACUUCUGUGGAACACUUGCAGGACUUGCAGGACACAGCAGAGAGGGGAUUUUGGGAGCAUUCCACAAGGCCUGCAGCUGUAAGCUGGUUUCAGCAUGAGGAAAAGCCCUCCAUCACCCCAAUGCACAGGAAAGAGAAGGCAGAUGACAGUAGCUAUCCUCCUUCCAUACUGAGGAAAAGGCCACCUGUGGACCAAGCUGUGGGGGAAAAGCGGAGAGCAGAGAGAAGGGUUCGCUUUCGUGAGCCAGAGGAAGUCAUUGAACACGUCAUUUCCUGCUGUGACUACGUAGUGGAUGACAGGACAUCAUCUGGGUUGCCUGUGCUCCUGUGGCUCUCGUUCUGUGCAGUGCUGAUCCUUGCUGUGAGUCUCUACUACACCAGCAUGAAGCAAGAUGUCAAAGUCCUGGAGGAAUUUCAAUCCCGACUUGUCAUCUUCUCCCUCCAUAUAAGACACGCUGCUCAGAGGUGCUGGACUUGGUUUAUGAGGCAGUAGCAGUGUCCUGCAGCCUGACCCUGCUCAGAAACACCAGAGCAAAGCUCCCAGUGCACUGCAGCCACAUGCAAGGAACACAUGAGCAUCCACCUCAAAGAGCAAGAGAAUCACCCCUGCUGUGCACACCCAGCAAACACUUGUUCUCCUUUUUCCUUCUUUGUUAUUUUGUUGUGUUUUGUUUUGUUUUUUCACAUCAAUGAACAUUCAUACUAAUGCCCUGAGGUCCCACCAAACUCAUGCUCCAACACCCUUAACAACAAGGGAUUUUGUUCCCCAGAGUUCUUAAGCUGCUGAUAUGAGGAGCAAAAGCAGAGAGGGAAAUACAUUGAUUUGUGCAGGCAGCAGCAAGCUCUGAAGAAAAGCCUUGUGUGUCUCAGGUCAAGGCUUCAGAUACCAAACCAUCUUCCUCCUUGAGUCUCCUAAGAAUUAUUUUGCAAAAGUUAAAAUAAAGCUGAGCUAUUGCACAGACACUGCUCUGGUGGCCAAAGGCUUGGCAAGCUGCUAUAUUUAUACACCUGAAAUGAUUAUUAGUAAAAUCCCAGCAAAUGGCUUUCUUGUUUCCUUUCAUGGGUUUUUUUUUCCCUCCGUGGGCAAAAGCUGGUUCUUAAUGCUUCACUUGAUUCCCAGGUGUGAAAAAGAACAGGGAAACUCAUUUAAUAAGAAAAUAGUUUAUUUGCCUAACAUAAUAAAUAGCAUAAUUGAAACCCAGGUUAAUCAUCAAAUCCGUAGUUUAAUGUGCUGGGUUUGUUUCAGUCCAUAAACCCCACGGGGUGACAUGCAAGAUUUAUGAAAGUGCUUGUAUUCAGACAGAGGUUAGGCCUGGGUGUUAAAGGCCUUUUAUCAUGGUAGUAUGGUCUGUUUAUGAAGGUGUUGGAUGUAUAAAUUCCUUUAUCACUCCAUUGUCCCACCAUCCAAUGCAUUUGUCAGAAAGGAAUCCUUUUAAUGGAGAUCAUGUGAAACAGUCCUCUGGGUAUCUGAGAGGAGAACAACUGAGUGUUCAUGAGCUUCAAAGAACCAGCACAACCAGAUUUUAGACCUUAGAUUCUGCCCAGGUAGCACCUGAUGUGUGCUUGGGGUUAUUUUUUAUGGUAACAUUGACAUCAGAGCCUGUAAGCGCUGAAGUAAAAGUAAAAGGGGGGAAAAAAAGGAGGAAUGCUCCAGUGAAGAUGAAGAGAUGUCUGCAGGACCUUGGCUUAAUUCCCCCUGCCAUGGCAAUCAUCAAAAAGAGAAAAUGGUGCUUUAUUUUUAGGUUUUUUUUU